CGCUCAUGCACGCACACGCACCCUGCACCGGCCACGUAAUCUCCGUUCGCUGCAGAUGCCAUCGCAAAACAUGAACGGAUAUUUGAGAACAUGACCGCCGUUGCCUCUCUUUCUUUUCAUCUUUCUCUUCGGUUUGGAUUUCUCAUACCAUCACUACCCAACCGUCAUUCCCAUGAAUGUCCUAAUUCACAACAUCAUCACUAUCUAUCAUCACCACCAUCAACACCACAAUCAUCACCAGCAGCACCACCGCCCUCAUUCCCGUCAUCGCCGCCGUCAUCAGCAUCAGCAUCACCACCAUCACCACCACCAUCACACCCCUCUCACCAUAAACACACACGCGCCAUCCCUCCCACUUCUCAAAAAAUCUCUUACAUGAGCUCGCCUGUCCAUGAUUUCUCGAAAACACACAAACAACCCCUCCACUCCAUCUGUUCGCAUUCUAUCGUUUUAGAAUACAAGGGAAAGAAGCAGUACUGUUGUAAGGGAAACAGAGAAGAGCACACAGAGCAGCGAAGCCCAGUGCUUAAAUACCCCAACCCCACUCACGUGAGCCCAACAUUCAUGGACACGGUCGGGGCACGUGGACACCACCUGACCUCCAUCAACCCACUACCACCCAGGCCCAUCCAUCGUCACAACACACACGUUAACAGCGGCACGAGUCAGCGUUGAAGAGUCAUAAUAUGCAUCAUGGAUACAUAAG